UCAGAGGGAAAAAUAAUAAAGAAAAUAAGAAAAAAAAACAGCCAUAGAAAUGCUGACAAUCAAACUAUCAGCAGCUGCAGUCUGUUCAUCUUCCUCCACUCACUUCCUGAAUCCCCACAGCAGAUUGAGAUUCAACAAGAGAAUCCCUUUCCUCUCCAACCCGUCUCUCUUCAAUCCUCUCAGACGCAUCGCUGAAUGCAGCAAGAAGAAUUCGGCAAAAACAAUGGAUUCUUCUGCUUCUUCGAGGAUUGUGGCCGCUGCCGAGCAGCUCAAGGACCCCGAUCAGCUCAUCGACUCUGUCGAGACUUUCAUUUUCGACUGCGAUGGUGUCAUAUGGAAAGGAGACAAGCUAAUAGAUGGCGUCCCAGAGACACUUGACAUGCUUCGUUCAAAGGGAAAAAGGUUGGUUUUUGUCACCAACAACUCCACAAAAUCCAGAAAACAAUAUGGCAAAAAGUUUGAGACGCUCGGCCUUAAUGUCAGCGAGGAAGAAAUAUUUGCAUCAUCUUUCGCAGCUGCUGCUUACCUGAAGUCAAUUGAUUUCCCCAAAGAUAAAAAGGUUUAUGUUGUUGGCGAGGAAGGCAUUUUAAAGGAGCUUGAUUUGGCAGGGUUUCAGUACAUUGGUGGACCGGAAGAUGGUGACAAGAAGAUUGAACUGAAACCGGGUUUUUUGAUGGAGCAUGACGAAGACGUCGGAGCUGUGGUUGUCGGAUUUGACCGUUACUUCAACUAUUACAAAAUCCAGUAUGCGACUUUGUGCGUCCGUGAAAACCCUGGGUGCCUUUUCAUAGCCACCAACCGUGACGCGGUCACCCAUCUCACUGAUGCUCAAGAAUGGGCAGGUGGUGGCUCGAUGGUAGGUGCAGUACGUGGAUCGACUCAACGUGAGCCACAUGUUGUCGGGAAGCCCUCAACGUUCAUGAUGGAUUACUUAGCCAAGGAAUUCAACAUCUCCAAGUCCCAAAUAUGUAUGGUUGGAGACAGACUAGACACUGAUAUACUCUUCGGGCAAAACGGAGGGUGCAAGACUCUUCUUGUUCUAUCAGGCGUGACGUCUCUGCCAAUGCUUCAGAGCCCCGACAACACGAUACAGCCGGAUUUCUACACCAACAAGAUCUCAGAUUUCCUUUCCCUCAAGGCUGCUGCUGUGUAAUGCAACGCCAGAAACCGUCGAGUUUGUACGCAUUUACACUCUGUUGUAUGGAUUUAGGUGAAGAUAAAAAGUGGGGGAUUACAAGAGCAAAGAGAUGUCUAAUUCACCAUGUAAUGAUGUAACGCAGCACAAAAGCCAUUUGAAACCAACCUUGUUUACUGCUUAUUAUAUGUUGUGGUGAUCUCUCUCUAUCUCAAUAACAGGAUAUAAUGUUUCUUUUGUUUUAA